CUCUUUUCAAGAUUGCCACGGGAAGACUCAUAUUCUCUCCAUCAAUCUCCACACGCCACAGCCCAUGCUUUCUGUAGUCCUCGCCUUAUUCCUCUGUUUUAGAGAGCCUUCUCUUCUCUGGUGAAACUCGACCACCACCAGCAGAUGAAAUUCCAUUCCGCACCAUCGACUAUUUCCAGACUCAUACUCUCUGUAUCCAGUCUGAAGAAUCAUUGCCGCCAUAGAGAGAGGACUGAGAAGACUGCUUUAAUGCCGAAUAAGGUCGUCGGGAUCGACUGAAGGAAUAUGGGAAGCGAAGAUUCGAUUGGUAUGAGGGGAAGGAGAGCAGGCGACGUUUGGGUUCGAAGUGUUGGGGUCAAGAUGGGAUUGAAGGAGCCGGGCGUGGAUUUGUUAGGGGUCGAGAAGACAGUGGAGGUGCCUGUGCUGUGGACAACGAGUAGUGGAAGAAGGUUGGCUAAGAGUUUUUCUUUUGUGAAGUUUGCACGCAAAAAUACGUUGAAGAUGUAUGAUUUGAGCAUUCUAAAACAGCUCCGCCGGAGUUCGUGA